GAGCUGGAUUUUAAUAUAAACCAUUAAUCGGGCUGCUGGCAGUGUUUCUGAGCAAGGAUCACGAUAAACUAGUUUUAGAUAACCAAGAAAGGAUGCUGAUAGUAUCAGUAUUAUUUCAGUUUGCAAAGCACCAAGGGUUGGGAUGCGAUUAGAUAGCAUCCCUUUUCAAUUAUGUAGUCAUAGUGAAACAUUGAUGAAUUAUUUAUGGAUUUUUAUUCUAUAUAAAAAACAUGCAAACGAUCGUUAGUUUGAUAAUCGCGCAUUAACAUCAAAUCGCAGUUGAGCAGAGGCGACGCAGCGUAGUUCGAUAGCAAUCGUAUUUCAAGAAUUCUACCUUCAAGAGCCAAAUAUGGAUGCCAGAGUGCUGAUCCAAACGAUCCUCUUCACAACCUUUGCCUUCACUGCAACUGUUGGAAAUCUUCUGGUAGCUCUUUCAAUUAUUUAUAUGAAACACAGACGAGGAACUGGACAUUUCUUUAUUUUAAGUUUGACAUUGUCCGACUUGUACUGCGGUUUACUAAUAAUGCCGUUAAGUACGACCGAACUGCAUGCUGGAGCAACAGUAACAACCACACCCUACUGGUGCAAAAUGACUGCUGGCUUGGCACUGACGGCCAUUUUGGGAACGGCGUGGAACCUUGUGUUAGUCAGCAUAGACAGAUUUGUCUCUAUAAGAAAGCCAUUGUAUUACCAAGUGUGGAUGACUCCCAAAGUCGUCAUCACGUCAAUUGUCUCGUUAUGGGUUGUCGUUGUUAUCUGGGCCUUCAUGCCUCUAAUGGGUUGGUCCAAAAGCAUAGAUUACCAAAGAAGCUCGCUCACUCUUUGCGUUUGGCCUAUGAUCCUAGAUAACAAUUACUUCACCAUCACUUUAGUCUUGGUAUUCAUUGCCGUUUUCCUUGUUGCGAUUCUUCAAGGAAUUAUUUUUGCCAUUGCAAGGAAACAAGCCAGAUCUGUUCGUGACAAGAGCAGUAUUUCUAAAGACGAAAAGAGUAGAAUGCGAUUCGCAAGAAUGCAAAGAAAAAUAACUCGUGUCAUUGGAAUCAUCGUCGGGUUCUUCAUGUUAACAUAUUUACCAUGGAUGUGUAUCUUAGCAUAUAAUAUGUGGUCGAGAGCUGUAGUUGGCCAAAUUAGCAUACUCAUCGCGCUAUGUCUGAUCUACUUCAACUCGGUGGCAAACCCUUGGAUCUACACGUUCUCUGAUCGUCGGAUUCUGACUGAAAUAAAGAGCCUUCUGCGAUGUCACAGGAGGCCUGAGCAGCAAAUGCCAAGCUCCGAAAUUAAGCAACGGUCAUCUUUCAAAGAAGCAACGUAGCCAAAACUGUCAAGCAAACGACUGCUUCGAUGUCUCUUUAUAUCAAAAUGACAAUAUAAUAUUCUUUUUGUACAUAGCUUAAUACUUGUAUAUUCAUGUUAUUGCCUAAACCCACUGGACAUAAUAAGAGGGUGUUUUUGAGUGUUCCUGUUUUGGAUUCACAGGGCUUAUCAACUCAUUACAUCUGAUUCUGUAAUUCUCAUUAAAAUUUUUUCAUUUUGGAAUUCUUGUUUUGGAUCCAAUUCUUAACUUGUUGGUUAGUAGGGCUCUUCAAAUGCAGCGUGUCUAUUCAAAUUGCAGUUGCAUGCAAAACUUUCUGAUGGAAUGCUGACAUAAACUUGGCUGAUUUGUGAUUUGAUUGGUUUAGACUUAGCUACAAGUGCGUUAAUUUGAUUGAUCCGAGCUACAUGCAUUUUUGAAGAAUGCUACUCGUAUAGACAUCCAGACACUCUGCCUUUAUGAAAUCUAGGUGUUCUAUGUAAGGGGCUAACUACUCAACUGGUGCCAAUUUUCACGAUAUAUAUCAGAAACAAAUCACUGCUACAGAAGAGAGAAAAUGAAUUCUAUACUCUGUGUUAGUACGUUACAGACUGUCAGCGAAGU